CAUUGUCUGCGUUCCGUACUGACUGUCAGUUUAUUGUAAGUAGCUGCACAACAAAAAACUCGUUUAUUUUGUUGUUCGGCGCUUGGUUGCACGCAGCAGGAGCAGUUGCAGCAGUUAUUGUUGAACGAUACACCAGCGCCAUGCACAUAGAAACCGCCUCGAGUUGUCGACCGAAACGAGCAAGUGCCAAAAAUCGUGACGCACCGAAAGCGUGAGCACAACUCCCAGAUCCUGCCCAGGUCCACAUACAGAUCCAAAGUGCAUCAGCAGGCGAUACAUUAUUGGCCAGCAGUUAAUUAAAAGACAGACAUACUCACUGAGACAAGGAGAAAGUGAGUGAGAGACAGGGAGAGAGAGAGUCAGAGAAGAGAAGAUUCAACUAGUCAAACGCUUAGCAGUUGCAUUUAUUAUUAUAUUGUAAGCAGCAUUUUGCAUUAAUUAAUCCAUCAGCCAUGGGCAACAAGAACUCAUGCUGUGCGUACUCCAGUCCUCAAUCGGAUCGCAAGUCGAAGGAUAUACCGCCAGUAUUUGAGGAGCGUCAUCAGUUGCCGCACACAUCACAGCAUCAGCUGGAUGGUGGUCAUCAUGGUUCUGGAGGUGUCGCAAUGUCGGUGCACCAUCACCAUCAACAUCAUCAGCACCAUCAUCCACAGGGCAGCAGCAAUGAUAACUUUGAGAAUCAACAGAAUCUGCAACACAUCUCGGAACGUGAAGCGCUCGAGGGUGAAGAGGAUCCGUCAGUUGAUCCCACGGCAGCUACCAUGUUUCUGGAGCGCUCCAAGGUGGAGAAUGGUGGAAUGACCCGCAAGCGUUCACAACAUCAAAUCGCACAACAAGGCAGCGGCGGGGGAGGAGCUAACACACCUGGUGCCAAUAGCUCAGGUGGAGGUUGUGGUGGUUUAAAGAAGAGUUCAUCAUGUUCCACCAUCUAUUUGGAUGACAGCACCGUCUCACAGCCGAAUCUUAAGAAUACGGUCAAAUGUGUCUCCCUGGCCAUUUAUUAUCACAUCAAGAAUCGUCAAUCGGAUCGACGCUUGGAUAUUUUCGAUGAGAAACUGCAUCCAUUGACGCAUGAUCAUGUGCCCGAGAACUAUGACACUCAGAAUCCCGAGCAUCGUCAGAUCUACAAGUUUGUACGUACGCUCUUCAAUGCCGCUCAAUUGACGGCCGAGUGUGCGAUCAUAACACUAGUCUAUCUGGAGCGUCUGCUUACCUAUGCGGAACUCGAUGUGGGACCAUGCAACUGGAAACGUAUGGUAUUGGGUGCCAUACUGCUUGCCUCCAAAGUGUGGGACGAUCAGGCGGUGUGGAAUGUCGAUUACUGCCAGAUACUCAAGGAUAUUACGGUAGAAGAUAUGAAUGAGCUGGAGCGUCAAUUUCUGGAGCUGCUGCAGUUUAACAUUAACGUGCCCUCGUCCGUUUAUGCCAAAUAUUAUUUUGAUUUGCGCACGCUUGCCGAGGCAAAUGAGCUAAAUUUUCCCACAGAGCCGCUGUCUAAGGAGCGGGCCCAAAAGCUGGAGGCCAUGUCACGGGUAAUGCAGGACAAGGUGACUGCCGAGGCGCUUAAGAAUGGCAUCAAGAAAUGGUCCUCAAUGGACAACAUCAGUCAGGGCGGCCCGCGACGCAGCGUGGCCAUAUUAUCGUGAUUUAUAUUAGCUUAUUAAAAACUAAACAACAAAACUGUAUUUUUUCUGUAGCGCAGACCCAAGUCGAUUCGUACUGUAACCAAUUCUGUCCUUCCUAAAACAUAACUGAAUUCGAACAUUAAUUUCUUUAUUUUCUACAACUUUUUUUGGACCUAACUAUAACUUAUACACUUCUCAUAUAUAUGUAUUUAGAUAUAUUGAAAAGGAGAAAGAUGAAAACAUUUAUUGUAUAAUUUAAUUUCAUGUAAUAUCGUUAAUAAACUUUACUAGAAAGUUUUUUAGCCAAUUACAUCGACCGAAUCUAAAAAACAGAAACAAAAAAGUAAACGAAUGUUUUUAACUCACGCAACAACAAAACACACAUUUGUCUCGAAUUAAGGACCACUUUUUAUAUAUACACAAUAAUAUACAUUACUAUGCCAGCAUAUUUGUAUAUUCUUGUAAGCGAAACUACCGAUUGCAGUCAAGGAUUUGGAUGAUUUUAAUAAUAGUAAUAUGGCUAAAAAUCAAUAACUGCAAAAUAAAACGCGUAACCAAUUGCCAAAAAAAAAAAAUAUAUUAAUAAUAAUAAAAGAAACGUGAAAAAUUUAGUAAAUGUGCACUGUAUAAAAAAGCUUAAGUAUUGAAACAUUGUAAUUUGUGUAGUUGGUUUAGUGAAAACGACAAAAAAUAUCGAACUAAUCUCAAUGGAUUCCAAAGUAACUAAUUCAAAAAUAUUGUAUUUAACGCAAGUGUCUGCGCCCUGUUACGAAUUUAAAUUUGUUUUUUAUUAUCCUUUACCUUUAAUUAUGUGAUUUUUAAUAGUUUCAUCUUGAUACACAUAUAUAUACAUAGAUGUAUAUAUAGAAGGCUUAACUGAUAGAUAGCAACAGCCAACGGCUUCCUUAUCAACAAUGCAAGAAGAAAUAUACUAUGCUUAAGGCUCAGCACAAUUAAGGGGCGUGGCCUGGGUGGAAUAUAUUAACAUAUAUUUGUUCGAUUCGUAAUAACAUAACACACAGCGCAAUAUUAACCCAAAUUUGUGAGUAAAUUAAUAAUUAAUACUAUAAGGAUACGAAUUAUAUGCAAAUGUAUUUUAUUUUGUAAUUUAUUUUACUAUAACGCGAAAUAAAGCAAAUCACAAAC